AUGUCGGCUAAAAAUCGUGAUUACGAUCCGAUGUCUGACGAUGGAUAUGACAGUAAAAUUCCAUUACAUAAUGAUGAGGCAUUUCAACAUGGAAUACAAUAUGACGCAAAAUUCAUUGGUUCUGUCGAAGUACCUAAACCAGCAAGCAGAAUAGAAAUUGUUACUGCCAUGCGUCGUAUUCGUUAUGAAUUCAAAGCAAAAGCUGUAAAAAAACGUAAAGUUAAUUUAUUAAUAUCUGUCGAUGGUAUUAAAGUUUGUCUAUUGACAAAGAAAAAAAAAGAUGUACAUGCUGAUGAAAAUAAAUCUUUUAUUAUGCAACAUCCUAUCUAUAGAGUAUUUUAUGUAUCACAUGAUAGUCAAGAUUUGAAAAUUUUCAGUUUUAUUGCACGUGAUAAUGUCAAUAAUUCAUUUCGUUGUAAUGUAUUUAAAGCAUAUAAGAAGAAUGAAGCCAUGCGUAUUGUACGUACAAUUGGACAAGCAUUUGAAGUUUGUCAUAAAAUAGCAUUACAACAACGACAACAAGCAUCGUCAUCAUCACCAACAGAACAAUCAAAUAAUAACAAUACUACUAAUCAAAUUUCUAGUCCAAUUAAAAUCAAUUCUAGUUCAUCAGAAAAUGAAUCAACUAGUAAACAAAUAAACCGUGAGACACUUGCACCAAAUAUGGAUCCAAUAGAAAAAGCAGAACGUUAUUUAGAAAGUGUUCAAACAUCUACAUCUCCAACAACUAUUGAAACAAAAUCAGUAAAUUUAUUUCAACCUCAUUCAUCAAGUGAAUUUACACUUAAACAUCAAAUGCAAUUUAUGCAGGAACAAAUUCAACAAAUGCAAAAUGAAUCUGAAUUAGCAUUUAAUCAAAUUAAAUUAAUCAAAGAACAAUUGAAUAUUGAAACAGCCGCUCGUGUUGAUUCACAAAAUAAAAAUGCUCAAUUACUUCAACGAAAUCGAGAAUUAUUAACACAUAUUCAACAAUUGUUACUUUAUACAAAUGAACUUGAAAUGAAAUUAACGAAUCAUAAUAAUGAUUUAAUAAAAAUGUUACCACCGCGUCCAACUGAUUUACUUCUAUUACCAUCAUUAUUUUCAACAUUAACAGCAUCAAAUUCAUCUAAUCAACAAUGUUUAUCAAGUGAUUCACCAGAUUCUGGUAAAGGAAAAGAAAUAUCAUCUGAAAGUAUAUCUGAUCCAUUUUCACAACAUAUUCAUGAUCAACAAAUAAAUAAUUCAGCAAAAACAUUUUCAAUAACUGAUGAUUUAACAACAACUAAUGAUAAUUCAAAUAGUCAAAAACAUAUAUCUGCAUAUGACUCAACAUCUCCAUCAUUAUCAUCAUCAUCUCUUUCAUCAUCAGCUUCAAUUAAAAUUUCAAAUAAAAAAAAAUCUCAAGAAUCAAAUAAAAAUGAACAUUAUAUUUAUCAAAAAAAGAAAAAAAAUGCUUCAUCAUCGUUUACAAAUUCAGCUUUUACUCAAAGUCCACUUCGAACAGUAACAAAAGAAUUUGAUCCACUUAUGAAAUAA